GAGACUGAACACCAAACAGCAACACAGGCAGUAGUGUUGUUGUCGUCAGUUGGCGUUUUUACACAAUAUAAAACGAAUACAAGAAGUAGAACUAAAAGUGGGGACAUGACAGAGGACUUCAGCCAAUCCCUCACCCCACCAGUUUCCCCCUUUGCAGCGGACAGUCUAUGUGAGCUGACCCCGGCACGACCGCCCUGCUUUUGCUGCUCCCAUGAAACUGGGGAGCACCCAGCACCCCCCCUCUCUACAGAGGGAUACACUGGGAGAGGCUCCCUGAAGCGGCUGCUGCUGCGUCUUGAUCUGGCCCCUGCAGACUAUGAGACGGACACAGUGGAGAUCUUUGGCUUCCCCUGGGUAACUGAGACAGCGCUGGUAGAAUCGACAAACCUGCUCUUCGGCCUUUUCAGACAAAAAGUUUUCAGACUGGAGACCCUGGUUCAGUCCAGUUCAUAUGACUUUGGUCAAGCAGGCAACUUACACUAUGAAGCAGAGGACCUCAGACAACAGUGUGUGUUAUUCCUUCAAUAUGUCAAAGUCUUCCUGUACAGAUACCUGGAACCUCCCAGCACCCUGGAGGAUGGUCCCUCCCACCCUUAUGAGAAGCUGGAGGCCCAGCUCCCCUCUGCUCUGCUAGAGGAGCUGUUUGGCAUCACUCUUCUAAUAGGACGACUCAAAGACCUGCCUGCCAAUGUGCACAGUGCCUUCACGAUACAGAACCAGGGAAAGAUUUUUCCUCCCUCAUGGCAUUUGUUACACCUUCAUUUGGACAUCCACUGGUCAGUCCUGGAGAUCCUUCACCUGCUGGGACAGAAGAUGCAAGGCCAGGUGGUGUACGCCCACCAGUUUGUGAACCUGACAGGAGAGAACCUGACUGAUACCAGCCUGUUUGAGGACCACCUGUGCAGUCUGCUGUGUGACCUUACUGGUCUGGCCAUAGGCAAAUACAGCAAGGUGAGGCCUACAGAGGCUGUGACUAGCCAUCAUUACCUGUGUUCCUGCACCAAAGAGCUAUGGGUCCUGCUCAUACACCUGCUGGAAUAUAGGAGUAAACUGUUGCACACACAGUCUUUCUGGAGCUACAUGAACUCGUUGUUGAGGCCUCUGGUUUCAGGGAAGCCAGCAGCAGAGCAGUACAGCGGCCUCCCCACCCACUGCAAAGACCCUCUGGGAUUCACCUGGUGGUUGGUCACUCAACUAGCAGAGCUGGGCCGGUACAGCCGUAAUGGUACCUUCCAGAAUGAGAAACAGCUGGAAGAUAACUGGAGUUUUGUGGAAGAACUGCUCAAAUUAACCUGUAAUCCCAAGGGAGGUCUACCAGAGGAGCAGGUCAGGAUGCAUGUCCACUGCUGUCUGAGUCUGUUUCUGCUGUGGGAUCCAAGCACCAGCGCCGUCUCCACCCUCUGGGAUUUCUACAGCAAGAACCUGAGUGGCUCCUUCCCCGUGCCCUGGCUCGGGGUGUCUGGUCUGGGCACUUUAUGCAAGACGCCCCUGGCUCUGCUGGAGCAGGCAAGAAGCUGCUGCUCCCCAUCCCCACUCCACACUCCAGGACACACCCAGCUGUAUCGCUCAGCCAAUUCCUUCCACAUCUUCCUGAGAGUGUUGGCCCUCUGCCUCACCCAGGACAGCACCGGAGGAGCCCCACAGAGACAGAUCAAAGGAAGGAUCUACUCCAAGUUCUCCUCAAAGAAGAUGCAGGAGUUGUCAGAGGCUGGGCUCAUGAACUUCCUGCUGCUUUUUUUGGUGGUUGCCCGGCAGGUCGAGCUGGAGGACGUGGCUGGCAGGGCCUGUGAAUUGCUGGGCUACCUGCCCUCUAACUGCCCCCCAGGACACCGCACCCUGGUCUGGCGGGGACAGCUUUCACUACUGUUGCUCUUCCAGGAGAAGGGUCUGGAUGUUAGCGCCCAGGCUAGCUGGCUAGCUUCCUCCUUUAACGAGAUGGCCAAGGAAUUCUACAAGAAGACCACCGAGGCGUCCCGUAGACUUGCCUUAUGGGGGUCCCUGGGCUCCUAUCUUGAAGGUGUGGCUGAGGUGUUUGAGACAAGCACCAAUCUUUGCCUAUCAGAGGAAAAACUGCUGAGUGAGGGGUUUGAUUGGUUGCUGCCUGCCUGCCGCCUGUCAGAGCUUCAUUCUGCCCUGGGCUUCCUGCAGAUUGUCCUCGCCCAGCUCAGACGGAUCCAUCAGCGCAGUGUCCAGUCUGCCCUCACCUCGGCCUGGGCUGCCUCUGCCACCAGUGUGGUGAAGGAGCGCCACCUAGCGGUAGCAGCAGCACUUUGGGCCCAUUUCUUCCCUUUCCUCCGCACACUACGCCUCUCCCAGACUCCUCCGCCACAGCUGGCUGAUGCUGCUGCAGGCUUCACUCUGUUGGCUUUUGAUCUGCCCAGCUCUGCCCCCCAGGACCUACAGCCCAACCCGGUCCAAUCCACCAUGCAAUGCUUUGGCUGGGACGACAUGGUCCACCCACUUCUGGUGACUCGCUACCUCCCACACCUGCUCCAGAACAGUGAGCUGGUGUCAUCAGUGAGUAGUGCUACUGGAGCUGGUGCAUCAGGCUCAGCCCAAACCCUGUCAGUGCGGGCCUGGUUUCGCUGUGUUCUGCAGCAGCACCUUUCCAAGAACCCAGAUGGGUCUGACAGCAGAGCAGGCCGGGCUGCAGAUGAGCAGCUAAGUGAACUGACUCGGCUGGUGCUGAAGCUUCCUGAGGUGGACAGUCUGCUGCAGACAGCCGGCCUCCAGCCCACAGCCAUCAGGGUGGACCCCAGGUCAGCCCUGGAGAUUUUUGUCAAGGCUGUAGGCAGUGUAUACAGUGGACUGCAGGUUUUGUCUGAGCGAUCAGCCAUGGUGACCCGAGCUUUGGACUACAUUGGAGACAUCCUGAAACACAUUAAACCCUCUCUGAUCAACAAGAACCACGAGGGCAUACAGCUGGCCUAUUGGGCUGUUGGCUGCAUAGUGAAGCACUGGAGCCCCCUGCUGGCCACUUCUAAAGCCCAGCAGCUGCUGUUCCGCAUUGUGGACGGGCUGCUGCUUCCUCACCACCUCACACAGCAGGACAAAGCACUCAGGGACAGCCUACCACUUUAUCUACAGGGUCUGUCAGUGGCCUCCAGCGUGUCUCAGUCUCAGGGCAUCUUCCUGAAGAAGCAGCUGCAGUCCGUCACCAGCAGAUAUUUAGACCACUUCCUUCCUGCUGCCCCUUCCACUGUCGCCAUUGCCAAUCACCCAGUGCUUCUGGGUGCCUGUGAAGCCGGCCCCAGUCUCAGGGGGGCAGCACUGAGGAGGACCAUCCUGCAGGUGCUCUGUGAGAGCUUCCUGCUGUUCAAAGGUCACGCCCCUCCACCUCGACUGGCGUCCGUCCUGAUGUUCCUAUUGGAGCUUCUGAGACGAAACAACGACACAGAUCCUGCCCUCCUCACUCUGCCCCUCCCCUCCCUGCUGCGCUGUCUGAUGCUGGUCAAUGAGCCACAGGUGAGGAAGACAAGCACAGAUGCCCUCCAGCUUGUGGUGGAGAGAUGUGCCGCUGCAUCAACAGAGGGGCCAUGUGACCAGAUGAUCUCUGUCCUACGGUCAUUUGUGGAGGAGAAUGUGGGAGUGUAUGACAGGCAGGUGUACAGCGUCCUGCAGACAGUGGCAGUUUUAGAUUCCUCUGUGGUCCAGGUUCUCAUUCCUGACCUGUCUCUCAGUCUGAGAAACAUUGAGCACAAGAGAGGGCUGGGCAAGAACGCUGCCUUGAGGAGCGCAUACAUGAAGUUGCUGGAACUCUUAGGAGAGAGUGGCCAGGCAGAAAUAAUCAGCCUAGAAGCAGACUAAAAACAAACAAACAAACAAACAAAAUAACAUGAUGUAAAAGCAAGACAAGCAGAACAAACAGUACAAGACCUGGGCCAGCUCCUUGAAUGACGUAUCUGCCAUACCAGCCUUUUCUUUUUUCCUCCAAAUUUCCAGCUGAAAGCAAAACUUUUUGGAUGAGGAUCAACCAAGGACACUGAGACAUGCUUUUGCAAAAUACUGGACUUCAUUUCCUUACGUCUUAUGGAAAUAACUACCUAAACUACUGCUGUAGCAUGCUGGCAAGUCACAGCAUGCAUACAUACAGCUCUAUUCGUUUCACAGGAGUGUGUCAAAAUACCUCAUCAAUUGCUGAGCCAUAAAUGUCCCUCAAAUCAUGAACCAUAAGCCCAAAAUCACUACCACAUACUGUAUGUAUUGUAUAUAAAUGUACAAAAAGUGCAAUUUUGGAUUUGUAUAGAUGUACUGUUAAUGAAAUAAGAUGUAAAAAUAAAAACCUCUG